AUGGCUUUCUACGCCGACGAAGAAAAGGUCUGGAAAUGCGCAAAGCAUCCUUCGAAACGACGCCGCAGUGGGAUCUGUCCGGUUUGUCUCCAAAACAAACUAGCGUCUCUUUGCCCCGAUUGCGCCCACACUCGUCCUUGCGCGUGCACCGGCGCAACCUCUUCUUCUUCAUCCUCGUUUUCCUCCUUCUCCGAUUUCGGAGCCGUCUUCCGGGAACCUAGUCUUGUAGAAACCGAGCCUGCGUUCAGACGAUCCAGAUCCCUCGCGAUCUCUUUCCUCCGUUUGAAACCAGAGAAUUUGACCGAAAAGAACGGUUUAUCGGCGAACAAUAACACGAACAAGACGCCGUCGUUUUGGUCGGUGUUUAGAGGUAGUACCAACACGAGCAAGCGAUUUGACAGCGGAGAUCACCGGAGAGAAGUCGAGAAAGAGAGUGUAACGACAGCGGUGGAUGAAAGGAUGAUGAUGAGGAAGUCGAGGUCGAUGGCGACGGCAAUGACGUCACGUUCUGGAAUCGGAGACUCGAAAUCCUCGACGUCGACGAAAGGGAAGGGAUGGUAUCUCACGAGUCCGAUGAAGGUUUUGAGGCAAAGUAGGGUUUCGAAAUUCGUUUUCCAGCAGCAUUAGCCUUUGUAAUCGAGGUUGAUUCCUGUAAGUGUUCCAUUAUUAUUAUUAUUAUU